GGUGAUUGACACGUGGAUGAAUGCCAGCAAUGCUUGCUUUUAAUUUCGUGAGUUAUACGACGGUUUCAUCUGGAACUCGGUUGUGAAGGCCAUCUCCAAUGGGAUGCCCAGAGGAGAUGCUCAAAGGAGAGAGAAGAGGAUGUUUAUAUAUGCUACUAUUGGAGAUAGAUGUUUAGAGUAGAUGUUCAAAGAGGAAAAAAAAACAUAGGGAGUAAUUUUUACUACUCCCUCCGUCCUCCAGUUUUUAUCCACUUUUGACUUUUGGAACUGUUCAUCUAAGCACUUUGACUCAUCAAAUUCUCUCAAUGUGUAAGCCUAAAUAUAGUCAUGCGUGAUCUUGUUUGAUUUGUCUUAACAUAUAGAUUAUUAAUAUAUAAUUUAUAUAAUUUUUUAAUAUACAAAUUAUAAGAUAAAAUGGAUUAAAGAAGUUUAUUAGAUGGUGUGUAAAAAUGAAAGUGGACAAAUACUCUGGGACGGAGAGAAUACUAUAUACUCCGUAACUAAUUACUUUUGAAAAAAGGAAGCAAAAGCUUUUUUGGGACUUCCAAAAAAGAAAACAUUAAUUUGGAUAGUCUUUAAUUUUGGAGUAGUUUGGUGUUCCUUCCUUUAAAACAGGAAGUUUAUCCAAAUUUCUUCACGGAUCCAGUAAUCCGUACAAUCUUCUCCACCAAGUUUUCCAUUCAUGUCUUUCUUCCCGCAAAUACACUUCUUCAACAUUUCCCACUAAAUUCAUACGCGCACCGGCGCAUAUAUAUACGGAUUGUAUACGCUAUACCCCAAUCUUAAAUUGUCAAUCCCACCAAUCUAUAUGGAUCUUUCUUCAAACCACAAUUCAAAUCCGCUCAUUCAACGCACAUAUAUCUUUCCCUAAAUUUAUUCUUCAUAAAAUUCGUAGAUUUCUGCUUCAUUUCUUCGUUUACGCGAUUUAUUUUUCCUGUUUCCGAUUUGGGUAUUGCGUUUUUUUUCGUUUGCGAUGAAAUUCGUGGCUGCCAAGCCGUGCUGUCGGUUUUUGAUCCAUCGGAGUAGCACGGCGGCCAUGUUGGGGUUUUCGUCGAGUUCCGGGGCGUUUCGCCGCCCCAGCCCGCCACCUCUGUUGGGGUUUGGAAGCAUAUCUCGUUGGAACCAUAAGCAGACAUUGGGUCUGCCCGGUUUGAAUUGGGGGAAAUCGAGGGAUCUAUUGAGGCCUUGUGAUAUUAGGGGUUUCCAUUUGGUUGCCGGUGUUGCUUCUAAUAUUAGGGAAUUCUCCUCCUCUGUGGAGACCAGGGUGAACGACAAGAAUUUCGAACGAGUCUAUGUUCAGGAAGGUCUCAAUGUGAGGCCUGUGGUGGUGGAGAAGACGGACCAGGACAAAGAUGCUUCUGCAAUUAGGGAGGGGAUUGAAAAAAGUGAGCAGUCCGAUGGAUCGAAAGCUGCCCCUGAAAUUGCCACCGCGAAUAAACUGAGCGAGGAUUCCGAGGUUGAAAAGGAGGCAUGGAAAUUGCUCGAAAACGCGGUUGUUAGGUAUUGUGGGAGCCCGGUAGGGACAUUGGCUGCGAAUGAUCCGAAUGAUAAGCUGCCCCUUAAUUAUGAUCAAGUCUUCAUUAGGGACUUUGUUCCAUCUGCCCUUGCUUUUUUGCUGAAAGGGGAUACUGAUAUUGUGAAACAUUUUCUUCUUCAUACCCUGCAACUGCAGAGCUGGGAGAAGACAGUUGACUGUUACAGUCCAGGACAAGGGUUGAUGCCCGCAAGCUUUAAAGUGAGAACAGUGGCUAUUGAUGAAAACAAGUUCGAAGAAGUUCUUGACCCUGAUUUUGGGGAAUCAGCAAUUGGCCGUGUUGCCCCUGUAGACUCAGGCUUGUGGUGGAUUAUCCUGUUGAGAGCAUACGGGAAGAUCACCGGUGACUUUGCUUUGCAAGAAAGAGUUGAUGUACAGACUGGCAUUAAACUAAUACUGAAUUUGUGUUUGUCCGAUGGCUUUGAUAUGUUUCCUUCUUUGCUAGUAACUGAUGGAUCUUGCAUGAUAGAUCGACGGAUGGGGAUUCACGGUCAUCCACUUGAGAUUCAAGCCCUAUUUUAUUCUGCUCUUAGAUGUGCACGCGAGAUGCUUGCUUCAGAUGAAGGGUCCAAGAAUUUGGUGAGGACUGUUAACAACAGGCUCAGUGCUUUAUCAUUUCACAUUAGAGAAUACUACUGGGUUGAUAUGAACAAGAUAAAUGAAAUAUACCGAUACAAGACAGAAGAGUAUUCCACAGAUGCCACUAACAAGUUCAAUAUCUACCCUGAACAAAUCCCUCAUUGGUUGAUGGACUGGAUUCCCGAGGAAGGUGGUUAUCUCAUUGGGAAUUUACAGCCAGCUCAUAUGGACUUUAGGUUCUUCACACUAGGAAACCUAUGGUCUAUUGUCUCGUCUCUUGGCACCCCAAAACAAAAUGAGGCUAUCUUAAACUUGAUUGAUGCUAAAUGGGAUGAUCUUGCUGGUCAAAUGCCGCUUAAGAUAUGUUAUCCUGCUUUGGAGUCUGAAGAGUGGCGUAUAAUCACAGGGUGUGAUCCAAAGAAUACGCCUUGGUCAUAUCAUAAUGGGGGAUCUUGGCCCACACUCCUGUGGCAGUUCACACUGGCAUGCCUAAAGAUGGGCAGAACAGAUUUGGCUAGCCGGGCUGUUGAGAUGGCCGAGAAAAGGCUCCCCCUUGACCACUGGCCCGAAUAUUACGACACAAAAAGUGGAAAGUUCAUAGGGAAACAAGCCCGGCUCUACCAGACCUGGACAAUAGCUGGUUUUCUGACCUCCAAGCUGCUCCUGCAAAAACCAGAAAUGGCUUCCUUCUUGUCCUGGGAGGAAGACUACGAGCUUCUUGAGAUAUGCGUCUGCGCACUGAACAACAAAUCAAGCCGCAGAAAGUGUUCCCGUGGCGCUGCCAAAUCUCAGAUCCUCGUCUAGCUUCUCUCACACACUUCUGACCGCACAGAUGCUAGUUAGGGUAUGCUCCCUUCAUUUACAUCUGACUGAUCAUUAUGACUUUUGCAAUACAUAAAAAGUGAAAUGAAUGUGGACUUGAUAUAUGUUCAUAUUCGUUCGACUUUUGAUGUAUCACAAAAAUCGUGAUGGUGAAUGGAGGGAGUAUAAGAUAGAAGAAACGUUCGGAGGGAAUUUUCGACCUCCGGACGAAGAAAGAAAAUGAUUCUUUUACAAUGGGGCGAGUAUUUGUAAAGCCUCAAAGUGAAUACAAUAUAGUGUAGGUGAAAUGGCUUAGGAAGUUUCACAAGGUAUAGACAAAAACCAUACACACUGUACUAUUAUUAUGUACUAGGAUUUCAUGUAGUGAUUACACACAAUAAACUGCAAAUAUUGUG